AUGGAGAAAGAUGUGGAGAGUCAUGUUGUGGAAGGUGUGGGAGUUGUGGAUGAGAUGGAGCUGUGGGUGAUGUAUAAUAAUGCCAUUGAUGCUCAAAGGAAUCAAACUGAAAGGCUUGACUAUUAUGAUUCUGUAAUCACUCCAAAAUAUGUCACUGAUUUAGCAUUUGAGAAGCAAUUGGCAUCUGUAUACACAGAUAGGAUGUUUAGAGUGGUACAAGAAUUUAUUGCUGAGGCUGAUAAGAGUUGUCGGAUGAUUAGCAUGUCCACAUUGGAGAAUAUCGAGGUCUUCAAAGUUUCUGAUGCUAGAAAGAAGACCUUUACAGUUACACAUGAGAUAGAGACUGAGUCAUAUGAAUGUGAGUGUAAACUAUUUUUAAGGUGUGGUUAUCUAUGCAGCCACCUUUUCUUCAUCCUCAGAAACAAAGAUGUCAACAAUAUUCCAGAGAAAUAUGAGAUGGAGAUUCACAAUGUACCUGAUGGUGGAAAAAAGGCUUCCAAUACAUGGAAUGUUGAUGAAGAGUUGAUCUUAUUAGCUAUAUGCAGAGCCUUAGAAGUUGCAAAUGAAUUAUCAUGGUAA